AUACUAGGUAACAACUAACAACCAUCCAAACAAGCUAUAAACGACCAAAGGUACAUUGUAUUUUGGUUUAAAGAAGAGGUUGAAUGGCAGUUGAAGAAUCAGUUCCCGCCAAGCAGAGAGGAUCAAGAGCUCUUCAACAACGUCUCUUUUCUCUCUUGCAAAGCUGCAAAUCCAUCAAACAGCUAACACAAAUCCACGCCCACAUUAUCACAAAUGGCUUUACCCAAAAAAGCUUCAUUCUUGUAAGACUACUUUCUCCUUUCUUAACAUCUUACACUCUCAAAUAUGCCGACCAAAUUUUCCAUCAAGUCCAAAGUCCAAGUACCACUCUUUGGAACCAAAUUAUUAGGGGCCAUGCUCGUAGUGAAAACCCACAGAAAUCUAUUGAACUUUUUUGUGAAAUGGAAAAAUCAACUGCUAUGCCUGAUGGGUAUACAUAUUCCUAUGUACUUAAUGGUUGCGCAAAAGGGGGUUUAUUCAAGGAAGGUCAGCAGCUUCAUGGGAAGAUAAUAAAAAAUUGGUCUUUGGUAAAUGUGUUUGUUCAGACUAAUUUGGUUAAUUUAUAUUCAACUAUGGGAAGGGAAUAUGGGGUUUAUGAUGCACGGAAGGUGUUUGAUGAAAUGAUCGAGAAAAAUGUGGUGACUUGGAAUUCAUUGUUAUUUGGGUAUUUUAGAAAUGGGGAUGUUGAUGAGGCUCUUAGGAUUUUUGAUGAGAUGCCGGAUAAGAAUGUUGUUUCUUGGACGACCAUGAUCGCAGGAUGUACGCAGAACGGUAGAUGUCAACAGGCAUUGGCUUUGUUUCGUCUGAUGCAAAGGCGCAAUGUGGAAUUUGAUCAGGUGACUUUGGUGGCUGUUUUAUCAGCGUGUGCUGAAUUGGGAGCUCUGGAUCUGGGGAAGUGGAUUCAUUCAAGUGUUGUUGAGCGGUUUAGGAAUGAGCCGGUGCUGGUGUCGUUGUACAAUGCACUUGUACAUAUGUAUGCUAGCUGUGGUGAAAUAGAGGAAGCUUAUAGGGUAUUUGAAGGGAUGCCAAGAAGAAACUCAGUUUCUUGGACCAGUAUGAUCACAGGUUUUGCAAAACAAGGGUAUGCACACGAGGCUCUUACUAUUUUCCAGCAGAUGGAACGCUGGGGGGGAAAUGAUGUUACGUCGGAUGAGUUAACGUUCUUGGGUGUUCUGUUUGCUUGUAGUCAUGCUGGUUAUGUCAAUGAGGGGUACCAACACUUUAGAUGUAUGAAAGAGACCUGGGGUAUUGAGCCGAGAAUUGAGCACUAUGGAUGCAUGGUUGAUAUGCUAAGUCGUGCUGGACUUUUCGAUGAAGCCGUGGCACUUGUUGAGACAAUGCCUAUGAAGCCAAACAAGGCUGUUUGGGGUGCUCUUCUUGGUGGAUGCAAAAUACACAAAAAUGUGAGACUAGCUUCUAGUGUAGCUCAAAAAUUGGCUGUGGAACUUGAACCUGAUAGAGCUGCAGGCUACUUUGUGCUCUUGUCAAAUCUAUAUGCAACUGAUAAGAGGUGGCGAGAUGUUGUCAUCACGAGACAGAAGAUGUUUGGAAUGGGGGUGAAAAAGCCACCAGGUCAAAGCAAAAUUGAAACUGAUGGUACCAUUCAUAAUUUUCUGUCCAGUGACCUGAGUAACAAGCAUGCUUGUUCAGUCUAUGAGAUGCUUGGUCUUGUCACUACUCAAGCCAAAUUGCAAGGUUACCAGCCAAGUAUUUCAGAGGAGGAACUAAUUAUUUGAUGAGGAGUGAGAAAAUAGUGAGCAUCUUUACGUAAUGUAAAUUUUGCAGCAUGUUGUUGCUGUUGGGGAGAGGAAAGUUCUUGCUGAAAGAGCAGAGCAGCAAAAUAAUUGAACACUACAGGUAAUGUUCCAGCUCACAACGAUGAUGCUCGACAUAGUUACGCUACAUGUACAGUAAUUAUUGUAAACUCCUCCCCUUCUUUCUGAAUAUGCCCAUGGAUAAUCCAGCUACAAAUGAAAGACUAAUAAAGCCCAUUAUCUUCAUUCCACUUCCAAUUAGAUGUGUUAGGCACAGUGACAUUUGCCAAUCAUCUUAGAAAUCAAUUGAAAACGAAACUCAAGAGUGCUUGGUGCUUGGUCCCAAAUAGCAACUCCUGAUGAACUGCCUAGCUACGCACCCAGCUAGGCAUGAUCGCAGAAAAACACAAACAGGGCGCCGCUUGCCUUAAGUGAGCUCAAAACGAUGAUACUCAUUUGGCUCUUAAAUGAGAUAGGGGAAGUUCAAGAAUGAUCACAACGUUGGAUAUGAGUUUCUUGUAGAUUGCAUAUGCAAAAAUAGCCUAUCUUGCAGAAUCCCUGACAAUUAACUGACAAUACAUCAAUUUUUUCGGAGUGGAAUCAAGAAGUGAAGUAGCGACGUAAUGCUAUCGUGUAACCUCUGCAACAGCAUAGUUUUCCCGGACUUGAUCAUCAUCAAAAGCAACAUUUUACGCGUAGCUAGCAAGUAUUGGGGAUUAGAGGAAUUUCUAGUUGUCCCUGAAGGCGUCGUCUAGAUUUAUUACUGUAAUUCAAGUGCAAUACUAAACCUUAUUUAUCCUGGUUGUCGGACUGGUUAGUAAUAAGUAGUUGCAUUUGAGACAUUAAAGUCGAUAGUAGUUUUAUGUAAUACACGGCUCGUGCGAAUUCCUUUUUAUCUUUUUGGUUUAUGAGAAAAAAAUGAUUUAGAGUUU